GAGGACAGGCUGGGGGCGUGUCUAACACCGAUGCGGCUCUCGCCAUUGGUGGACAGCUAUCCUGGUUACCAACCAACACUGGGCACAUGAGAAAACACAGAAAAAACUCGCUAAUUUCAAUGCUAAUGGCUAACAAAGUGCUAUUAUACGUAGAGAUGGCGAUGAUCAAACACAACACACAUCCCAAUGAUAUUUCUCAAGGAUCAUCGGCUCUCUCUGAAAUCUGGUAGAGGGGUUAUGUGAACAGCCAUCAUCUGCAGCCACACGAUGGAUAACGAGGAGAGUAAGACGUGCCAAGGAGACAAGCUUGCCUCUGCUGUGGAUGACACUCUGGAUGAAUAUUUAAUCGCCCUCCAGCACAAAAACAGGAUCCUAAAGCGCCUUAAAGUCAAAGACCCCAGGGAGAUUGAGUUGGAGCAGCUUGAGCAAGGUUUCUCCAUUUAUCUAAACGGAGCCAAUGCUGAAGCCGGUAGGAAGCAAUCAAAGAGCUCCAACCAAAAGUCUGUCACCUCCUCACCUGCUUGGAGGCCUGCACGUACAGCAGAUGUCUGUAGAAGCGCCCACCAGCUAACUGAAGAUAGCCCUAGUCUGGAGCAGGCUCACAGGAAGAGGAGCCACACUGCCCCAGGAAAGGUCCAAAGGAAAGAAUGGGUGCAGGAUUCUGUCAGAAUUCGAACAGAGGAAGGACUAAGUUUGCUGAUCUGCCCAGAAAAGCACUACUCUGAGGAUUUUGAGCCCUAUGAAAGUGUAAACAUGGAGAGCUCCAGCCCGCGCUCGCCUCGAAGUCCCUGCUCCCAGAGGGACACCUCCAAGGUGUCGCGCUCCUUCAGCUCCAGGCCCGAGAGCCAAGGGGGCCAAGCAAAUCAGGAGCACAGUGAGAAGGUUCUCCUCAACCUUGAGGAAGUGAAGGUCCUGCGUCGGAGCCUGGAGGUUAGCAUGCGGCGCAGCAGCCGUGGUUCAGCGGGGGAGGAGUCAGAUGAGGAGUGGGUGGAGGAGCAGAUUGAGAGGGACGAGAGUACUGAGAGUCUGGACGAACUGGGGCUGCCUCUCUCGUCCUCCAAGUCCUCCUCCAGCCCCCGGCCAAGCGGAUCCCACAGCCAUCUGGACUCAGCAAACCUCAUUGUCCUGGACUUUGGACCCUCGUUUAAGGGUCGUAAGAUUGAACGUUCACUGUCUGCAAAAAGGAAAGAAUCCAUUGACGCCUUCAUACCUACCAAACCUAUGUUGGUGAAGAGCAAAACAUUAGAUAGACCACCUUCCAAAGAGAGCUGGGAUGGGCAGAGACCGAGGAGUCGAGUGGAGAGGCCCCUGUCAGCAGCCAGAAAGGCUUCUCUUGAGGAGCGGGACUCAGAGGAAAUGGCAUGCAGGGUGCGCCAGGCCAUCCAGAGAGAAAACGACCCUGUGCAGAGUCCUGAGCUCUUUAGCCGUAACACGGGCAGGGGACACCAGAUGAUGAAUGGCUUAGUGCGCCACAGCAGCCACGACAAGGAUGAGAACAGUGUCACUUUGGCCAUGCAGAGAAUCACCCUCAUGGGCCCCGGGAUGAAGGUCAGGGACACUAGACAAAGCAGCAGAGCUGAGGGUGUCAUCCUUCUGUUCAGGCAACAACAGAAACUGCUUAAAGCCUUGGAGAAACUUGAAGUUGGACCCAGCUACAACAUCACCCAGUCUGUCAAAACAGACCAUGCCAAGCAGCCGAGAAGGCACUCCUCAGCAGAGGUCACCCCUGCAUUGUAUGUUACCAUGGAGAUCCUGUCAAACUGGGGGAACGCGUUGCAGGUCGGGCUGACUGAGUUGCAGUUUUUCUGCCUUAGAAACAAGAGACUGUACGUGUCACCUCACGACUUAGACAUCAGGAACGCAGACUACCCCGGGAAUUUGGGGGCGCUUGUCAACGGAAAGGUGAAGACCACCAAAGAGCGCCACAUGUGGACGUGCCCGUUCCACCCUCCCAUCCAGCUCUACUUCAUCAUCAGGAACACGGAGCGUUCCUCGGAUUUUGGAAUAUCUCGCAUCAAAAUUUGGAACUACAACAGAAGCCUCAAUGACCUUGACAUCGGUGCACGGCAUAUAAAGCUGUACCUCAACAGCACACUGGUGUUUGAGGGCGAGCUGGAGAAGGGCUGCGGUAACCAGGUCUUUGACUACAGCACCACGAUCGACCUCCAAGAUUUCCAGGUGUCAGACUCCGUGUUCUCCAGUCCCGUGUCAUCAGGACACAAUUUGCGGGGUGCCAGCCCCCAGCGCCAUGAGGACAGGAAGAGUGUGGAGCGACACCACAGUUCGAAUCCGCAGCCAUUAAAUGCAGCAGGCCAGGCCAUGAUGGAAAUGCAGGAGAAAUCCCAUUCACUGCUCCCACCCAUAACUCCUUCAUCCUCUGCUCGUCGCUCCUCCACACAAAGAAACUCUUUUGAUCUGUCAGCCUCUGAAGAGCCCCUCUCUCUCAGACAGCAGGUGGAGCAGCCAGCGCCCAUGGAACAGACAGUGACCACCCAGCCGUCCUCCUCACGAGCAGCCCCCCAGUGGCUGCAGCCCCUCAACAGAGGAGCUCCAGAGGGCUGCGAGGCCAGCAGAGAGAGGCCCCGCUGGCUGGUGCCUCAGCACUCCGCAGAGCCCAAAUCUCCGACACCCUCCUCCUCCUCGAUGCUCCCGGAGCUGCCGUGCAACCCGGGCCGAGUGUGUAGGGGGGUGGAGAGGACGGUGAAUGGGAGUCAAUGGAAAGCAAACUCUCUGGAUAUGAGCUGCGACCUGCUGGAGGAGCUCGGUGAGCCAAAGACAGACAGGCCCAUCAGCGGGCGCAGGAGCUCGUUCAGAAACACUGCAGUCACCAGCAGGCAGGCAGAGGAGCAGCAUCUCAUAGCAGCGCUGUCAAAUACAGAGGAACCAUUGUCACUAGUGAGCAGCAGCAGGAGGCAGUGCACCUCUGUGUCCCAGCUGCACAGCCAACAAGACGACACCCUCAUGGAGUCCUGGGACUCCCUCACAAAGUUCAACCAAUGCCAACGUGGGCGCAUCUCCAACAUGGGCUUCGAAGGCGACAUCUUCGAUGAGUUCCUCCAGCGGCAGGGCCGUGGUCCACCCACAGUCCCAGUCAACUCCACCACAGCACCCAGGAGCCCCCUUUCCUCCUUGAGCACGCAGGGAGGGGCACUGUGUGAAGGCACUGAUGAUGAUCCAUCCAUGGAGCGGGAGGAGGAGUUUGAGAUCCCAGUGCUGCCCCAGGGCCAAAGGCUGGUCAUCAACAUCCUGUCCACCUGGGGCGACCGCCACUACGUGGGCCUCAAUGGCCUGGAGGUGUUCAGCUCCAGUGGAGAGCCCCUACAACCUGCUCACAUACGUGCUGACCCCCCAGACAUCAACAUACUCCCCGCAUAUGGCAAGGAUCCACGCGUGGUCACCAACUUGAUCGAUGGCGCCAAUCGUACCCAGGAUGACAUGCAUCUUUGGUUAGCACCCUUUACCCCUGGUCGUAGCCACACCAUCUUCCUUGACUUCGGAGCCCCCUACCAGGUGGCCAUGAUCCGAGUGUGGAACUACAAUAAGUCGCGCAUUCACUCCUUCCGAGGGGUAAAGGAGGUGGAGAUGCUGCUGGAUGGGAGGUGCAUCUUCAAGGGGGAGAUUGCCAAAGCAUCUGGGACCCUGUCUGGAGGGCUGGACCAAUUUGGUGAUACUAUCCUGUUCACCACUGACGAUGAGAUCCUGGAGGCUAUGUCUCGCUACGAUGAAACCUUCCUCGGUGAAGGCGAGGGUCCUGAGGGCAUGGUUCACGAGGAGGAGCUGCAGAGGCCACGCACUGCUGAUGGAGAGGGAGAGGAAAGACCCUUCACCCAGGCCGGUUUCCGAGAGGAAGACCUUAAACUGAAACUCCAUCUCAACCCCACUGUGAGCCAGUCUGAAGAGAACAUGGAGCUCACUCCUGGGAUGUACACUGGAAAGUGCCUUAGACUAGAGCUGGUGAUGACGUGGGGUGACUCCCACUAUAUGGGCCUGACAGGAUUGGAGGUGGUGGGGAAGGAUGGGGAGAGUUUGCCUUUAGACCUCAGUAUGAUGGCUGCCUCCCCCAGAGACCUCAACGACCUGCCUGAGUACGGACACGAUCUGCGCACACUCGAUAAACUUAUAGAUGGCAACAACAUCACCACUGAUGACCAGCACAUGUGGCUGAUCCCUUUCUCCUAUGGAGAGCUUCACACCUUGACAGUGACGUUCAACAAGGCCCAGACCAUUGCUGGACUCCGUAUCUGGAACUACAACAAGUCUCCUGAGGACUCUUAUAGAGGGGUGAAGCUGAUCCAUGUGUUUGUGGACGAUGUUGCCAUCUCCCCACCGGAGGGAUUCCUGAUCAGGAAAGGACCGGGCAACUGUCACUUCGACUUUGCCCAGGAGCUCCUCUUCAUAGACUUCCUCCAGACGCCCACCGAAAACAAGAGUGCAGAGGACUACCACAAAGGAAGCUCGAAGAGACAGGAACAGGCCAGCAUGGACUAUGAAGCUCCCAUCAUGCCUUGUGGAUUCAUCUUUCAGCUGCAGCUGCUAACCACCUGGGGAGACCCGUACUACAUCGGCCUCAAUGGCCUCGAAUUUUAUGACCAGAACCACGAGAAGAUCAGUCUCAAUGACAACAACAUCGCUGCAUUUCCAGACAGCGUUAAUGUCCUGGACAGUGUGAGUGGUGAUGUGAGGACUCCGGAUAAAUUAAUAGAUGGAGUCAGCAGCACCCACGACGGAAGACAUAUGUGGUUAGCCCCGGUGCUCCCUGGACUGGUGAACCGCGUGUACGUCAUCUUUGAUCAGCCAGUGACCGUUUCCAUGAUCAAACUGUGGAACUACUCAAAGACACCACAGAGAGGAGUGAAGGAGUUUGGGCUGCUGGUUGACGACCUCCUGGUGUACAACGGCAUCUUGGACAGUGUAAGCCAUGUGGUACGAGGCAUUCUGCCCACCUGCGACCCAGUGGUGCCCUACCACACCAUCCUGUUCACGGACAACGCCUACAUUGCCCACCGAGAGAGGAACACAGUCAUCAGUAAUUACGUUGAGGAUCAGGAUGUGAAGAUGACCAACGAGAAUCAGAUCGUGCAUCACAACAAGAAGAAGCAGACAGCCGAUCCCGCUCUUCGGCCUAAAACCUGCAUGACUGAUGGAGGGAAGCACGGAAAGAGGAGGUACUGACAGAGUGAUGGCAGACAUGGAUGCAGUGCUCUUACUGUGAGGGCACGACAGAAAGCAAGGGACCGUGGCUGACUUUUAAACACCACUUUUUGGUGGGUGACUUUUGAAAAAUCUCUCCACAGCAGAGCCACCCAGCCGUGGUCUGCACUGAAGGGGACGGAGUUGCACGGGAAACAAUGGCUUUCACACACACACACACACACACAGGAUUCCACUUUAUGGUUGGAUUACUCCCCUUUCCCCUCGCUGUGAAAACGCGCCCACCCAGAUCCAUGUUAUCCUGAACACGUACUGUAAGGUCGCCCCGGUUGUCCCCACACGCAGUGCCAGGAUAAACCUGUGAGGCUGUAUUUUUAUCAGCCCUAUUAUUGUGCCUAGUACCUAACACUAUAUCUGUGGCUGCUAUUGUGACUUCGUGCUGCAUAUUUAAAUGCUGCUUGUGGCUUGUAAAUACUAAGAAAAUAAAUAAAUUUAAAAAAAAGGUUCCAAAGCCACAUGAAUACACUCUCACACCAGGAUGUGGCCAUUGCUACAUUUAUUAACUAAUUUUCUCUACUGAAGAGCCGAGACAGUCAGCUCCCUGACUGACAUUCCCACCAGUACACCACCGAGUCGUAAUGCUAUGCAGACACUAAUUUAUAUGAAAUACUAAUUUAUAUCUGUUGGCUGAUAUAUAUUCAAAGCCUGAUGGUUUUACAUAGGAAGCUGCCUCCUGAGAGGUUUUCACUUUUGGAAGAUUUAUAUCGAUGGCUCAAGCAGAACACUGAUAUGGUGGACAGAAACUGCCAAAAUAAAUCUAUAAAUGACUCAAUAAAUACAUUAAUAUGCUAUUAAAUGAACAAAAAUAAGUUUAAAAAAUAAAUGUAGGCAUUCAUAUGUAAAAUGGGACAUGAAUCUUGAUGAAGUUUUUCAUUCAUUUCUCUAUUUGUUUACCUUUGUAUUUAUGUAUGUAUUUACUUUCCUGUGUAAUUGUCCAUCUUUAUUAAUUAUUAAAUUUAUCUUUUUUAUUCAUAUAUUUGUUUAUGUAUUAUUUCCCCUUUUGCAUUUUUCGUCCCAUUUCUUUACAAUGUUGCGUAUUUCCUCCUAUGUCAUAGGAUUAACUUUUCACUUACUGAUUUAUCCUGUAUCGUGAUGCACAGAUCGACUAUUGCUCCCACUGUAGACGGUCUCAGGCUCACCAGAAAAAAUUAAUUAAUCAAAAAAUGAAGUGGAAUAUUAAACAGUUAAGUAAUUAUAUUAUUAAUACAAAGGUGAAUAAAGACAAAUAUUGAUUUAUAUCACAUUUAGAAAUUGAUGCCUACAUAUUUCCUCUAUUUUUCUGUGCAUUUAAUGGCAAGUUUAUUUAUUUAUUGAGUCAUUCAUUUUUUAUUUAUUUUGGCAGUUAUGGUCCUCCAUACUUUGAGUUAAAACAACAGCACAGUAGUCAGACUUUUGUACAUUUCAACUUGGAUGAAAUGGAAAAAUUGAAGCUUCACACUCCACACUUGAACCUUCAUAUAUUUGGCUUCACAAAAUUAGGUCUGUAUAUUUUUUCUGUAUAGCACCAGGUAGGAACAAAAAAACUUGUCCAAUCCAAGUGACCUUUUAAUGAAGUUGCUAUAGAAGGUAGACUGUUUUGGGGGCAAACAUUUCUUGAGCCAGUGGAGCCGUUUUAGUUAUUUGGUUGGAAGUAGGGAAAAAAAAUACAUUUGCCAGUUUAGAUGUUGAGUAGAUUCAGUAACAGGCAACUUCUAAAUAUGCAAAUACUAUAACUUUACCUCAGAUUGAGACAAAUGAUCUUUAAAGGGAUUUAUCUGAUUCUACCUUCACUAUAAUACUUAGUAGUUGGUGUCGUUUACUUCACUCAUUCAAUAUUUACUGUACUAACUUGUUGCAUGGGAAAAGUCUCUCCAGCGCUAGCUGCUGUUAUCUUAAAUGUUAGAUACUUUUGUUUGGAGGAGUUUUUACUGCUUCAUCGAGCCCCAGUAUAUAAACUAUUUCACACUCCUUGCUCAGGAGUAGAUGUAUAUGAAAUGCAGUUUUAUGUAUUUAAUUUCAGUGCGUCCAACAGCAACAAUAGUCACCACCCUGUGUCUCAGUCCUGCUCUGUAGGGUGGUGGCCAUUAUUGUAUGUGUGACAUUCAGUGUUUUGAAAUAUUUAAUUAUUUUUCUAAUCUUGAUUAAAUAUGUAUAUUUGAUGUAGGUUUAUUUGAAUGAAUAAAAAUGUUCAAAAUCUC